UGACAACAUAUGAAAGAAAAACCGGUCAUAAACCCACAGCAUCUCUAUCCGCUCCUGGAUGCUCAUAGACUAAGAGCAAUCAUGCAGUAACAUUUGUACAUCGUGCAUCAAAAAUCGUACAUCAAAUCGGAUAUCAGCAAUUUCGAUUCUGGAAAAACCUAACCCCAUCUUCGUAUCAUCACUGUGCUGCCCCUAUUGUGUAACCAAAUUCGACGAUACCAUCGUCUCUAGCUCUCAUUAAUGGCGUCAAUAUCACCGCCGACGUUCCGUUCUUCCGCCGGUAGCUCCGUUACAAGCCCUCACAAAUUCACCUACACAACCCCUAAGUUUACCACAACUAGCCGAUUGAACCACCGUUCCUCUUAUUCAACGAAUCUAUUUUCUCACUCUCUAUCUAGGGUUUCCGAUCCUUUAUCCGUCUGUCGUUGCGUUAGUAACAGAGAUAUCGGUGACAACAACGAUAACGAUAAAGAUAAUCGUCGAUGGGACUCGGUUUUGCAAGAGAAUGUCAGGAAUGCGAUUAAGUGGUUUGAGGAUUACAUGACUGGAUAUCGGAAGUAUCAGAUGAAAGACGAUGAAUUGAAGAAGGAUGAUUCUGGUGAUGGUGUUGUGAAGAUAGAAGGAGAGGUCGUGGUGGAUGGAGAUGGCGAUACAGAAUGGGAUUGGGAACGCUGGCAGAAGCAUUUCACUGAUGUCGAUGAGCAGGAACGUAUCGUUUCUACAUUGAAGUCACAUCUAAAUCGUGCUAUUGCCAAAGAGGAUUAUGACGAUGCUGCCAGGAUUAAGGUCGCAAUUGCAGCUGCUGCUACUAACGACACUGUUGGCAGAGUGAUGUCUUACAUGAGAAAAGCUAUAGAGGAAGAACGAUACAUGGAUGCAGCAUUUGUAAGAGAUUAUGCUAGUGCAGGUCUGGUGGGAUGGUGGGCUGGACUUUCAGAUGAUAGCAAAGAUCCAUAUGGUCGAAUUAUCCGUAUAAGUGCAGAGCAUGGAAGAUACCUAGCAAGAAGUUAUAGUCCAAGGCAGCUUGCCACAGCUGCAGAUGGAGCUCCAUUGUUUGAAAUUUUUCUAACAACAAAUGAGCAUGGAGAAUACAAAUACCAGGCUGUAUACUUGAAACGAAAUGAAGUCCCCCAAAAAUUUCCAGUUGUAUCCUCAAAGUCAUCAGGUUUCAUUAGCACCAUGAAUCCAUCAGACACAAUGGGAGAAAAAGAUGAUCUUUUUGUAAAAGAUAUUGAAGAUACAGAUGAUGAUGAUGCUGACAUGGCUGAAGAAUCUGCCUUUGAAAACAUCCUGCGAGACAUGAUACCUGGUGCAAAAGAUCUAAAAGUCAAAGUCCUGAAUGUAACAACACCUGGAAAAAUAGACAGGGAUUUGAUAUCUAAAGUGGUUGAACAAAUGGAGGAAGAAGAAGAAGAUGAUGAAGAUGAAGAGUUGGAAGACAGAGAUGGAGGAGAUGAAGUAAAAGAUGGAAUCAGUGAAGAACAAGACAAUCUUGAUGAAGGAAAAAGUCAAAUUGCAGUCAAGAUUGUAGUUGGUGGCUUGGUACAAAAGAUUUCCAGUAAUACCCCUCGUAAAGAUUUGAUCCGUGUGCCAGCUAAGCUAGAGAAAAGGACACGUUCGUCAUUCUCCUUUUUUUUAGAGAAAGAAAAACAACAGGUGUCCUCUGGUAAUUCACAAUCUUUAAAGAAAAAAGAUGUUAAAAUCCAUGGUAAUCGUAGCACAGACAGCAUCAUGCUUGAUCUUGCCAAGUCAAUUGGAAAAGGAAAGAUACCCAUGAAGGUGCUUAAAGAUGUUGGGCAGUUGAUUAAUCUUACACUUACCCGUGCUAAAAAUCGUCAACCUUUAUCUGGAUCCACAACAUUUAACCGAAUUGAGCUUCCAACAAAUAAAGAUCCAUUAAAUGCAUUGUACGUUGGUUCACAUGGGCUUUACACUUCAGAAGUGAUUCAAUUAAGGCGUAAAUUUGGUCAGUGGAAAGAAGAAGGCAGCAUGAAAGAGCUUUCAAAUCUUGAGUUUUAUGAAUAUGUAGAAGCUGUUAAGUUAACAGGGGAUGCUUAUGUGCCAGCUGGACAGGUGGCGUUUCGUGCAAAAGUUGGAACAAAGUAUCAACUUCCUCAUAAAGGGAUCAUUCCUGAAGAAUUUGGAGUGAUUGCUCGAUAUCGAGGACAAGGUAGGCUUGCAGAUCCGGGAUUUCAAAAUCCCAGAUGGGUUGAUGGCGAACUUGUAAUUCUUGAUGGAAAGUAUAUUAAAGGAGGCUGCAGAAUUAAGACAGUUUUCACAAAAGAAGUUUUAACAUCGAAUCGGAUUUACAGUGUGAGAUGAUUUCCAUCCCCUAUGGAGUCAUAUGAGUGGAUGAGUAAAGUGUAUUACCACUUUGCUUUGACCUUUAUUCACUGUAGCCACUUUUCCAUCGACAAAUGCAGCCAUGGCAUUUUGUAGCAAUGCUGCAUUUAUUUCAUGUACAGUAGCUAUAAAGUAGACUACAUGUUACUUAAUGGAGGAAUAAUGGCACCACAAUUACUUUUAAUGUAUAUAUAAGUUAUGGGGAAA